UUAUAAACCUGUGUUUUUUAUCAAAAUUACUUCUUGCGUGAAUUUUGAGACACCCUAUAGAUAACGUCAUUGAAGAAAUAGUGGCAGAAAACUUCCAUAACCUGGUGAAGGAAAAAGUCACACAAGUUCAGGAGGCACAGAGAGUCCCAAGAAAGAAGAACCCAAAAUAGGCCCACGCCCAGACACAUCAUAAUUAAAAUGCCAAAAAUUAAAGACAAAGAAUCUUAAAGCCAGCAAGAGAAAAGAGAACUGUUACCUACAAAGGAGCUCCCAUAAGGCUGACACCUGAUUUUUCAUCAGAAUCUCUAUUGGCAAGAAGUGAAUGGCAUGAAAUACUCAAGGUAAUGGAAAGCAAGGAGCAAGGAUCUGAAACCAAGAUUACUAUCCCUAGCAAUGCUAUCAUUUAAAAUAGUGAAAUAAAGAGCUCCUCAGACCAAAAAAAAAAAAAAAAAAAAAGGACUACAUCACCACCAAGACAGCAUUACAAGAAAUGCUAAAGGACUGCUGUAAUGAGAAGAAGAAAUAUAGAGAGAAACAUAGGCAUACAGAAUUAAAAUGGCAAUAAAUAAGUACCUAUCAAUAAUAACCUUAAGUGUAAAUUGAUUAAAUGCUCCAAUUAAAAGAUAUAGAGUAGCUGAAUGGAUACAAAAACAUGACCCAAUUAUAUGCUGUCUACAAGAAACCCACCUCAGAACAAAAGACUCACACAGGAUCAUAGUAAAGGGAUGGAAAAAACUUUACCAUGCAAAUGUAACAACCAAAAAAAAAAGGCGGGGUUAGCAUUACUCAUAUAUGACAAAAUAGACUUCAAAAUGAAGGCCAUCACAAGAGACAAUUCAGGUCACUACAUAAUUCUGAAUGGAUUGAUUGAGGAAGAGGAUAUAACUCUGGUAAACAUGUAUGCACCCAAUAUAGGAGCACCUAAGUAUAUUAAAAAAAAAAAGUCUGGAGAACUUUAAGGGAUAAUUCGACAGCAGUACGGUAAUAGUAGGGGACUUUAAUACAUUGCUGACUUCACUGGAUCUUCUGGUCAAAUAAUUGAAAAGGAAACAGUGACUCUAAAUGACACACUAGUUAAGAUGGAUUUAAUUGUCAUUUAUAGAACAUUUCACUCCAAAGCUGCAGAAUAUACAUUCUUCUCAAGUGCACAUGGAUCACUGGAUCAUUCUCAAAGAUAGACCACAUCUUAGGACACAAAACAAGUCUCUAUGAAUUCUGGAAGAUUGAAAUCUUAUCAAGUACCUUCUCAGAUCAUAAUGGAAUGAAAUUAGAAAUCAACUACAGUAAAACCAUUCUAACACAUGGAGCUAGAUAGCAUAUUACUAAACAAUGAAUGGGUUACUAAUGAGAUCAAGAAAGAAAGGAAAACUUCCUGGAGUCCUAACCGGUUUGGCUCAGUGGAUAGAGCGUUGGCCUGUGGACUGAAGGGUCCCAGUUUUGAUUCCGGUCAAGGGCAUAUACCUUGGUUGUGGGCAUAUCCCAAGUAGGGAGUGUGCAGGAGGCAGCUGAAUUGAUGUUUCUCUCUCAUCAGUGUUUCUAACUAUCCCUCUCCCUUCCUCUCUAUAAAAAAUCAAUAAAAUAUAUUUAAAACACAAAACAAAAAAAACUUCCUGGAAACAAAUGAAAAUGAAUGCACAACUACUCAAAAUCUCUGGGACAUAGUAAAAGCAAUCCUGAGAGGGAAGUUCAUAGCACUACAGGUCUACCUCAAACAAGAAAUAUUAAUAAUAAAAUAUUUAACCUACAACUUAAAGGAUUAGAAAGAGAACAAAAAGAGAAGCCUCCAGUAAAUAGGAGGAAGGAAAUAAUAAAGAUCAGAGCAGACAAAAAUGACAGAGACUAAAAAAAGAACAUACAAAAGAUCCAUGAAACCAAGAGCUGGUUCUUUGAAAAGAUAAACAAGAUUGAUUAGCCUUUAGCCAGACUCAUCAAGAAACAAAGUGAGAGGACCCAAAUAAUUAAAAUCAGAAACGAAAGCUGUGAAGGAACAACUGACAUAACAGAAAUACAAAGGAUUGUAAGAAAAUACUAUUAGCAUAUUUAUGCCAACAAGCUGGACAAUGGGGAUGAAAUGGACAAAUUCCUAGAAAAAUACAAUCUUCCAAAACUGAAUCAGGAAGAAUCAGAAAACCCGAACAAGCCAAUAACAACUGAGGAAAUUGAGCCAGUAAAAAAAAAAAAAAUAGUUCUAGCAACCAAAAGCCCUGGUGUGAAUGUCUUCACGGGGAAGUUUUACCAGACAUUCAAAGAAAUACUUAACACCUAUCCUCAUCAAACUAUUCCAAAAAAUCCAAGAGGGAGGAAUACUUCCAAGCUCCUUUUAUGAGGCCAACAUUAUCCUAAUUCCAAUACCAGAUAAAGAUAUGGGAGGUUUGAAGACAGAGGAGAAGGAGUGAAAUAAAUAUCUGUGAAACUUGGUGAAUCCUAAUGGCCUAACAUCAAUGGUCCACUUGAAACAAAUAGUUUUGAAUUUAAAAUGAGACCACAAAAUAGGUAUUUUUAUAUGGCAUUUCAGCUAAAUAGAGCAUAAGCAAAGCAACUGGUUGGGAUUUUUCCAGGGAAAUAGGACAGUGAAAGAGCUGUAAGAGAAUGCUAAGGAAUCUAAGCCAGGUAAAGGUGAAGUGAAUAUGUGAUGGGCUGAGGGAGUGUGAAAAUAUGGAAGAGUCACUGUGGUUGAAUAGCUCUUAUAGUCAAAAUGCUGGAAGGAAUGAGCUGAAAAUGAAAAAUAAUAAUUUAAAUCUGAGAUUAUGAAUGAAGUGCAGUUAUAAUCUGUGGAUGUUUGGGAAGGAUGGAUGAGAGUACAUAUCAAAGAACUAAGAGGUCAAGUUAUUAGAAGUAUCAUUGUUUGGAUAUUGAAAUCCCAAAGAAAAUAAGAGUAGUAGUAAUAGAGGCAUAGUAAAUUAGAUGGUAUAAUCUAGGAGUGGGGAGUAGAGAUCUGGAAGUCAACUGAUACCAGCAAGGAAGGGUAGAGCUUAUAUAAUAGUCUGAUGGCAUGAACUUCAAAGAAACUAAGUAGUUUUAGGGAGAGUAGAGGAUAAUAGUUUGGCAGUAGUAAUGGAGAACAGGAAAAAGUGCCUCACCUCAAACUUAGUGGCUUGAGGAUGAGAAAGCAGUAUCUUUGAGGAUUUCAGUUCUAAAUGAAAAUAAGAUGAAGGAGAAGUUCACUGAAGAGGUUGAUUAUGGGGCCUAUUUUGCCAAAGAUGGACUGGGAGUUCCCAGGAUCACAAUGGACGUAUAUAAACGAAUUGGGGGGUGGGUAACAUAUCAAAUUAGGGGACUUUCUAAGACAAAUAAGGGCAAGUCUUCAUAAGUAGGAAUGACCUGGUGCCUUAGGCUUCUAUGGAAUGGGGUUAAUGGGAAUAAUGCUGACAGUGAGAUGACACUAUGAUUUGGGAGAGAAACAGGGGAUUCACCUAAUUGCCACCUCAGCUUUCAUUUUCUGUGUUGAUAGAGGUAGGAACUCUGUCUCCAUCUUUCCAAGGAGAAAAAUAUCUACCCCUUCAUCUUAUCAGUUAAUCCUAGAUAUAGAAGAAAUUAAAGUAUGAUUUUGAAGCUUCAUAGAGCUUACUCUGGCCAGUAUAGCACUGGACAGGAUUGCUAUAUUUUUUACAUCCUAUGCUUAUGGCAGAUAUUGCUAAUCCAACUUGGCACUGUUUUUCCCUGACUCUGGCUAUAGUUUUAGAAUCCAUUUCAUCACAGUACUGGAAAUACCAGCUACUAAUCCAUAGUAAUUAAUUAUUCACUGAGUAUGUCAGUUACUGUGCUGAGCAUGUUUUAUAGAUAUUACUUUAAUUAUUACAACAGCCCUGUGAGGUCUUACAGAUGAAGACACCAAUGACCAAAAAUGUUAAGAAACUUGCUCAAGAUCAUAACAGCUGAAAAGCAGGAGAACUAAGAUUCAAAUACUGUUCUGCUUUCUUCUAAAAAUCUCUCACUUAACCAUUGUAAUUUAAUUAUUGGAACUAAUGAUGAAAUAUCAUUGCCAUCCCUAUGAGGUAUUUGCAAUUAAUUUAUUUUCAGGAUCACCAGGAUAUACUAAAAAACAACAAAAACAACAACAUAGAAAAAUGAAAGAUUAUCAAUGUUGAUUAUUUUGCAGGAAUAAAGAGGUAACCCAUAAGUGGGAAAGAGUUACAGGAGAAUGUCAGUCAACCAAGAAAGGAAGAGUCAAGGAGUUCCUGAAGACGCUCUGGCUAACCAAGACACAUCUUCAUUAACCGAUGUUGUAGAGCAAGUUGCAAAGCAACAACAAUCACAAACAUCAGAAAUAGAAAAAAACAAAAAAGUUCUGUUUCAUUUACAGAAUGAACUUCAUGAGCUAGAAAAACAAAUAGCAACUGUUUCUGCAGAAACUAAAGAAACAGAAAGGCUAAUUUAUCAGCAAGAUGUUGCCAUAGAGAAUAGCAAACUUCAGUGUGAAAACCUGGAAACACAAAUCAAAUCCUUACAUACAGAAAAUGUAAAGCUUAAAUUUGAUAUAGAAGCAGCCCAAGAAGAUUUCAAGGAACACGUGACAAAAUAUAAUGAAUACUAUGCUAAAAUUAAAGUGCAUAAAGAUAGCUUGGGGGAGGAAGAAAGCAAAUGGCCAUUUAUGAUUGAACUACGUGAAAAACAAGAUCUUGUUAAAAAACUGAAGAUAAUGAAAGAGGAACUUAGGCAAGAUCUCCAGAAUCCAGAAGGAAACCGGAUGAAACAAGUACAGGAAGACAUUACAAAGCUAAAGGAUAAAAUCACAACUACAAAAGAAUCUAUCAUUGAAAAAACUUGUUUUCUUGAGGAAGAAAAUAAGACACAUGAAAAAUUAAGAAAAGAAAUAGAGGUACAAAAUAAGAGAUAUGGUGCAAUUCUUAAGCGUUUGCAUUGUCAGCUGAACAAGCUUCAGUCAAAUAGAAAGCAAUGGCAGUGGAACAUUCAACAACUAGAAAAAACUGCAGCUGAACUAAGAAAAUGCAUUGCAAUGAAAGAUUAACAUGGCCGUAGGACAAUGUAGAGCGCAGAGUAUUGCCAAAAAAUUACAGGCAAGAAUGUUGAGAAAUCAUUCAAAUUCUUGUUUCUAAUUAAUUAGUUUUUAUUGAAGUAUAGUUGACAUACAAUAUUAUAUUUGUUUCAGGUGUGCAACACAGUGAUUCUAUAUUUAUAUAUCUUACCAAUGAGCUUCCACUGUCAGAGGUCUGUCCUAAUGGCAGAUAUAUUUAUCUUUUUUUAAUUAGUCCUUCCACCCCUACAAAUGAUAGCAGUAGAAAGACAAUAGGAAUGCUUACAGAAGAAUAGUAGAUGACUCCAUGAACCUUUUUUAUGUAUAAGAUGUAUUGUACUCAUGAAUGCCUGUUUAUAAAUUGUUGCUUUCACUAUUAUUUGAAGUAAAAAUUUAGAAGAAAUUCUUGAAUUUAUAAUCAUUUAAAUUGUUAAAAUAUUUAAAUGGUUGCCUUUUUCAAACUUUAUUAAAACUUGUUUUUUUACUACUGCCUUCACAGCAGUCCAUAAAUAUUAACAUUUACAAUAAUAUUAUAUGUUCAGUGCCUCAGGUAUGUUUCUUAGUUUUUCUUCUUCAUUCAGAAGCUGGCAAUCAUUUUUCUUUGUUAUUAGAUAAUAUAUUUUUAGAGUGUUGCAAAGCAUAAUUUUUUUUGUUCAUGUCUAUAAAUUAUUUAUUACUAUUCUAUGACUAAAAUAACAUUGUGUAAAGUAAACUUAUAAUCUCUUUAAAAAUGUUAACCAUUAUAGACAAAUGUUUUUAUUUUUUAUUUUUAUUGAAAGGCAAAUGCUAUGUUCAUGGCAGAAAUCAAAAUUUAAUUUGUCCCUUGUAAGAUAAAAGUGCUCCUUCUCAUGGUCUUAUUGAAUAAAAUUUUUAGGAACAAAAAUAAAAUAUUAAUUAUUAAGUA